UCUCAACGAAGUCAAGAUUGAAAAUGAAAUAAAAAUCCACCGCUACGAGUCUACGACUUAAUUCUUUAAAUACAUACAAGAUCUUCACAAUAAAGUAUUAACACUCUUCACUUCCACAUCUCUACUAACCUAAAAAAAAUACGUACAAAAAAUGGCGUGGCUUUGGUCACUAGCAGUGUUAUUAUUAGUCGCAUUAUUUUAUGAGUGGCGGAACCAGAAAAAAAAGAAAUCACGACGGCUUCCACCGGGGCCGCGAGGGCUCCCCAUAAUCGGCCACAUCCACCUCUUGGGCAAGAAUCCCCACCAAGACUUCCGCCGCCUUGCUGAGGAGCACGGCGAGAUCAUGCACAUGCGCCUCGGCUCGCUCCCGAUUGUGGUCGUGUCGUCUCCGGCCACGGCGGAGCUGGUGCUGAAGACGCACGACGCCGUUCUGUCGGACCGGCCCCACUACCUGUCGACGACGCGCCUCACGUACGGCCACAGGGACGUCAUCUUCGCGCCCUGCGGCCCGUACUGGCGCAACAUGCGCAAGCUCUGCACGCUCGAGCUGCUCAGCGGGCUAAGGAUCGACGAGUUUCAGCCCAUGAGGCGGGCCGAGAUCAUGCGGGCGGUGGACGGGCUCCGGCGGGCUGCGGAGGAGGGGGAGGUGGUGGAUGUUAGCGCUAGGGUUUCGGGCCUCGUUGGGGAUAUGAACUGUUUGAUGGUUUUUGGGAGGAAGUUUGUGGAUAGGGAUUUGGAUCAGGAAUUAGGGUUUAAGGAUGUGAUUGAGGAGACCACACGUGUGGCCGCGCAGCCUAAUCUUGGGGAUUAUUUCCCGUUGGUGGCGCCGCUCGAUCUUCAAGGGCUCAAUCGUCGCGUUGAAAGACUCAGCGCGACGUUUGAUGGUUUUCUUGACAUGAUUAUCGAUGAUCAUGUCAAGAAAAACGAAGAAGAGAAGGAGAAAAAAGAUAAGGAUUUUGUUGAUGUUAUGAUGGGCAUCAUGGAGUCCGGAGCAGCUGGAUUUGACUUUGACCGCCGACAUGUCAAGGCCAUGCUUUUGGAUAUGUUGAUCGGAGGGAUUGACACGACAUCGACAGCUGUGGAUUGGAUAAUGUCGGAAUUGAUGAAGAAUCCGACAGUGAUGAAGAAGCUACAAAAAGAAAUAGAGGAGGUCGUGGGCAUGGAUCAAAUGGUGGAGAAAUCGCAUCUUUGUAGUCUCAAAUACCUUGACUGUGUAGUGAAGGAGUCGCUGAGGCUCCACCCAGUGGCGCCGCUAUUGGCGCACGCCGCCCAGGGAGACUGCCAAGUUGCCGGUUUCGACAUACCCGAUAAGACGCACGUUUUUGUGAACGUGUGGGCCAUCGGAAGAGAUCCUCACGUCUGGCCCAACCCCGAGACAUUUUGCCCCGACAGGUUUCUUCGGAGCAAUGUGGAUUUUCGGGGUCGGGAUUUUCAGCUUUUGCCGUUUGGCUCCGGCCGACGGAGCUGCCCAGGAUUGCAAUUAGGGCUGACGAUAGUUCGGUCGGUGGUGGCACAGUUGGUUCACUGCUUUGAUUGGGAGCUUCCAGAUGGAAUGUUGGCCGAUGAGUUAGACAUGUUUGAGAAAUAUGGUAUGGUGAUCACUAGGGCUAAGCAUCUUAGGGCAAUUCCGACUUAUAGAUUGAGUAGAUAGCAUUUUAAUUGGUGAAAUGGAUGAUCUAGUAGUAAUAGUAAACGUUCGAGUUUCGAGGCUUUUCAAGAUUAAUUAAGCUAUGCAUAUACUGCAAUAUAGAUUUUGUAGCAGCUAUAUAUAAUUCCUUUGACUAAGAAGUUAUAUCAUUGUUGGGUAUUAA